AUGAUUAUUCACCUGAUCCACCUAAAUCAAUCAUUCUGGAUUCCUCUUCAAACCCUAAACAACCGCCAAAAUCAAUCUUGGCUCGAAAUUUGCAUCAUUCUCAUAUUGACUUUGAUUUGUGCCUAUAUGACGAAUAUUUUGAUCUACGUGAUGUGGAAAAUCCAAAAGUUCCAUUUGAAUAAUCGAAUCAUUUGCACAAUGUUUUUGGCGAGUUGGUAUUUUUUGAUGGUUGGAUUGUUGAUGGUCGAACCUUUUGAAUACGGAUUUCUUCAGAUUGAUGGUAAGCCAGGGAUGUUUCAUAGGCCCUAUUUCAGGCCGGCCUCCAAUUUUCCAAACAAAAAUUGGUCGGAACCUGUUUAUAUUUGAAAAAAAAAUUAGAUUUCCUCUGUUGCUACUUUGGUAUAGUGGUUAGCAAGCUCGGUUUUGCGUCACAAGGUCGCAGGUUCGAUUCCUGUCCGGCGCAGAAUUUUUUAAUUUUUUAUCGUUUUUUGUGCCGCCCAUAAAACUUUGUUCAGAUCAAAAUAGAACAAUACACGGACUCGAGGGAAACGAGUUAUUCGAAGUUGAGGAAACACUUCAAAACUGCUCAUUUCUCAUCGGCUCAUUCUUCAUCUGGAUUUAUAUCAGCUCAAUCGCCAUCUCAACAAUAUUUUUCAUAAUUGAAAGAUCAAUCGCAACAUUUUGCUUUCAAAAUUAUGAAAAUACCAAGAGACUUUGGCUAAUUCUUCUUCUCACAAUUCUGAUUUUUGUAUCAACAAUGCUCGAAGUUUUUGCUCUGAUGUUCAGAUUUAUCGAUUUUUUUGGGGGAAUGAUUGAAACAGCGAUUAUUCAUAUUAUUUUAAUUCCUGUGAGUGUUCUAGUUUUAAUUUAACAUUUAACAUUCAGAAAUUCCAGAUAUUUUUCUAUCUAAAAUACCACAAUAAAACUCUACACAAUCUAUUGAAAAGUGGAAAACUGAAAGUCUUAAAUUCUUUAACAGCAAGAUUCCAAAUUGAGGAAAACAUCAAAUUUUUCAACAUUGUUACAACUGUUGUUAUCUGUGUGAAUGUGAUGACGUCAUCAUUCUUGAUUCUACUUUUUGUGGAAUUUUUGGAAAUUAUUGAUCAAAAUGUGGUGUUUCUGUUUUUGAAAUAUAUUUGUUUACUGUAAGUUCACCAUAAUUUUUUUUUUUAGAAAAUUCAAAAAAACUGGAUUUUCAGAAACCCUCUAAUUGUUAUUCCCGCUGUUUUAUAUUCGAUGGUCGAAUGGCGAUAUCCAUUUUUACGAAUGAUUUAUCCAUGUUUGAAAAAUUGCCCACAAAAUAUUGCAAAAGUUAACACUGUAGCUACGGGUGUUAUGUAUUUUCAACAAUUGGAUAAUUCUUGGAGAUGA